AUGGCAGGGUAUGUUGCGAAAUAUAACUCGUAUGAAAUGCUGAGAUAUUUGCAAAACUCCGGACCGCAGGUGUAUGCAGUGGGGAACGAACACGCGCUGUUGUCCUUACCGGGUAGCAGCGCACUUGCCGCCACCCUCCAGAAUGUCAUGCGAACAUUGGAAUGGGAUAAUAUAGCAGUGCAAAUUGACGGUCGUCAGUUACACUAUAUUCGCCUUCCUGAUGACAUCGUCCUUAUUACACCAGACAUUAUCCAAGCGGAACGUAUGCUUGACGACUUUGAUAAAGCCUGUGGAAAGAUUGGUUUUCGACUAAAUCUCACAAAAACGAUGUUCAUGAAGAACGGAUUGGUUUUCUAUGCCUCAUUCACGUUCAACGGAACGAAUAUUUCCGAACGCUCCAGUUUUGUCUAUCAAGGUCGGAAAAUCAACAUGAUGAACGACCUAGCUCCAGAGCUGAGCGAAAGGAAACGAGCGGCUUAG